AUGCUGGCCGGCAGGAGGGUGGCGGUGCACGUCUGCAGAGGGGGCGGCUUCCCGCAACGGGCCUGUUUCGAGCAGAAGAGGGGUUCCCCCACAACCUGUGGUGAGAGGCUCUCUUCUGAGUCGGAACUGCCCCGAUGCCCACCGAUUUCAGGAAGCUGCCUCUUCUCCCCACCCUUGUUUCUUCCUUGUCCGCAGCUGCUGGAUGCCGGGCUGCGGGAGCUGCAGGAAGAGACUGGCUUGCACCUGAAGGAUGGGCAAUUAUGCUGGGAACUGCUGGCCCUCUGGGAGUCAGUGUAUCCCCCACGGCUGAGCCAAGGUUUGCCCCAACGCCAUCACAUCGUGGUCUACCUGCACUUGGCCCUGCACGAGAGCCACCAGCAGCUCCAAGCCAGGCUGAAGCCCAAUGAAGCCGAGGUCUCCGCUGUGGCUUGGCUGGACCGCCUCACCCUGGCAUCCAUUGUGGCUACAGAGGAUGGAGCAGAAGGCGAGGCCCCAGGGGUGGGCAGGGAGGCACCGUCCACUGUCAGCAUCAUCAAACUGGAGAAGGGCUCAGCCAAGACCCUGGUGAUCCCAACCGCCGCCUUCCUGGCCACGGCACCAGGGGAAAACGUGGAGUGUGUCAGCACCGGGACCAAGUACGCCCUCCGGCAGUGGCUAAACAUGUCGUCCCUCUGAGCGGCCAAGGAUGCUCAAAACGCGAGGACCAAUUCCCUGGGCAGCACUCCAGGGUCCACCCGAUGCCUCUCGAGUUAACUUGGCAAUAUUUAGCUCCAGCAAUCAAAAAAUUCUUGGUUUUGCUAUGGAUUCCAGGGGAAAUCUGUGCUCGAGUCAUGGUUCAGUUGCCAAAAGAUAAGAAGUCUUAGUUUUUGCCUUUCCCUGGAGUUUACAUUACAGUUGGUCCUCGACUUACAACAGUUCAUUUAGCGACCGUUCAAAGUCACAACGGCACUGAAAAAAAGGGACCGUUAUGAGAG